AUGCUGGGAUUUUCUUCGACGACACACACUCUGCCCCCCUCCAGCCCCUCGAGACACUCAGGAUACUCGGUACUCAGCAAUGAUGCUCAAGCGCAAGCAGACAGCCCGCAGAGUGGUACCAUCCGUUACCCUGGUGUCGUGUCCUUCGCCAAUACCAAUGAAGGUGCGAUCAUACACACAUUCGGUACCCUUCUCAAAUGGCGCUAUGAGAAAGACACUCAUGAUCCUGUUUCUAGGAUGGAUCAUGAAGUCGCAUUCAUGGACGUUGCAAACGAUGCUGUCACUAGCAUAGCUAUUGUCCAUUUCACGGUACCAGAUAGCAAAUAUGCGCAGUGUUUCCGACUAAAGGAGGGCCCAGACAUAGCUAUCACCUUUGCCCCCGACAAGUCGAUGGAGACCGAGCCAAACGAAAGAUGA